AUGACAAUAUUUCAUUUGCAUGAGAAUGCAUUGAGUGGCUCGAUUCCAACAGACCUUGGAAGGUUAUCGAAUCUUUCGCGGUUGAGCCUUCGUGGCAAUACUCUCACGAGUACCAUUCCAAGUGAAUUGGGGAAACUGACUUCAUUGUUCAAACUUCAUUGGCUCUUCCUUCACAACAAUCUAUUGACUUCUGCUGUGCCAAGCGAGGUAGGGGGUUUGUUUCGAUCCUUUUUCUGGGAUGACUCAAAUCGGCUUUCGUUGUCCAUUAACCUGAUCACAAGUGUACCAAGCGAGAUUGGCUUGAGCUGGGGUCUGGGCUUUCUGCUGCUUGACAACAAUGCAUUGACGAGUAUUCCGAGUGAGCUUUUCAUGUUGGCAGAGCUGCGAACACUGGCCUUGUCCAACAACAUGCUCUCUGGUCAGCUGCAAUCUGAGUUUGGCCUUUUGUCAAACUUUGAACAGCUUUUCUUAGAUGGCACGAACCUGACGGGUCCCAUACCCCCCGAAGUUGCCCACCUUGUGUCGCACGCAUCCUUGGGAGUUCUCAACAUUCGCAACAACAGCUUGCCUGGUGUUCUUUCCAAGAAUGAUAUUUGUAGAUUGGGGAUGCCUUCGUGCACAUACCGUAGUACCUGGUACUACGAUCGCAUAGCUUUCAAGAAUUGCUCUUUGGACUACGAUUGCAGUGACUCCCUCUGUGGAUGUGAUGCGUGUCCUUGUUAG